AUUGGCCAUUAUCAGUAAGUGAUUUUAAAAAAACUGAUGCUAUUAUCAAGAAAGAAAUUAGCAACAAUAUGAUAGAUAAUGAAGUCAAUACUAGCGAAAAUUUGAUAUUCGAAGAUGAAAAAUGGAUGUUGAAUGAAAAUAUGUCUUUUAAAUAUAAUGAAAAGAAUUUUGAAGAAGAUGUUGAUGAUUUUGAAAAAUACUCAGAAAAGAGUUUUGAAAAAAAUUUUGAAAAACAAUUCAACAAAAAAUAUCAUAAAGAUUAUGAAAAUUCUAAGACGUAUUCUGAGAAGGAUUUUGAAGAUCUUAGAUUUAUUUCAGCUCAUAUUGCUAUUCUGUAA